UGCCGGGGCGGCUGACAGAGCGGCUGACGGAGCCGGGCUCAUCAGAUCGCUGCCGCGAGAGGGUUGCUGUGCUGGGGCCUGGGUGGCGGCUGGAGGCCUGAGCUGGGCUCGCGGCGGGGGUCGGCAGGGGGCCGGGUGGCGGAAUGAUGGAGGAGGAGGAACUGGAGUUCGUGGAGGAGCUGGAAGCCGUGCUGCAGCUCACGCCCGAGGUGCAGCUGGCCAUCGAGCAGGUGUUUCCAAGCCAGGACCCUCUAGAUCGAGCAGAUUUCAAUGCUGUUGAGUAUAUCAAUACCCUGUUCCCAACCGAGCAGUCUCUGGCGAACAUAGAUGAAGUCGUGAACAAAAUUAGGCUGAAAAUAAGGAGACUGGAUGACAAUAUUCGAACUGUUGUAAGAGGUCAGACGAACGUGGGGCAGGAUGGACGGCAAGCGCUUGAAGAGGCUCAGAAAGCUAUCCAACAACUCUUCGGCAAAAUCAAAGAUAUCAAAGACAAAGCUGAAAAAUCAGAGCAAAUGGUGAAAGAAAUCACCCGUGAUAUUAAGCAAUUAGAUCACGCCAAACGCCACCUGACCACCUCAAUCACAACACUGAACCACCUGCACAUGCUGGCAGGCGGCGUCGACUCCCUUGAAGCCAUGACCAGGCGAAGACAGUACGGAGAAGUUGCUAAUCUCCUUCAGGGUGUGAUGAAUGUCCUGGAGCACUUCCACAAGUAUAUGGGAAUUCCACAGAUCCGGCAGCUCUCCGAAAGAGUGAAGGCUGCACAGACUGAGUUAGGACAGCAAAUCCUGGCCGAUUUUGAAGAAGCGUUUCCUUCCCAGGGCACCAAGAGACCAGGAGGACCCAGCAACGUUCUACGAGAUGCAUGUCUGGUUGCUAAUAUUCUAGACCCCAGGAUCAAACAGGAAAUCAUCAAAAAGUUUAUUAAACAGCAUCUGUCAGAGUAUCUAGUACUUUUUCAAGAAAACCAAGAUGUUGCCUGGCUGGACAAAAUUGACAGACGCUACGCCUGGAUAAAACGCCAGCUUGUGGACUAUGAGGAGAAAUACGGCCGCAUGUUUCCACGUGAGUGGUGCAUGGCUGAGAGGAUUGCGGUGGAAUUUUGCCAUGUGACAAGGACAGAACUUGCCAAGAUUAUGCGUACCAGAGCAAAGGAAAUUGAAGUGAAAUUGCUUCUUUUUGCUAUUCAAAGAACAACUAACUUUGAGGGGUUUCUUGCAAAACGCUUCUCCGGCUGCACCCUGACCGAUGGGACCCUGAAAAAGCUUGAGUCUCCACCCCCAUCUACCAAUCCCUUCCUGGAAGAUGAGCCAACACCAGAGAUGGAGGAACUGGCAACGGAGAAAGGAGAUUUAGAUCAACCAAAGAAGCCGAAAGCGCCAGACAAUCCAUUUCAUGGCAUUGUUUCCAAGUGUUUUGAGCCGCAUCUCUACGUGUAUAUCGAAUCCCAAGACAAGAACCUCGGAGAGCUGAUAGAUCGGUUUGUGGCUGAUUUCAAAGCCCAGGGGCCACCUAAGCCCAACACUGAUGAAGGGGGUGCCGUGCUCCCCAGCUGUGCCGACCUCUUUGUCUACUACAAGAAGUGCAUGGUGCAAUGCUCUCAGCUCAGUACUGGGGAGCCCAUGAUCGCCCUGACCACCAUUUUCCAGAAGUACCUCCGAGAAUACGCCUGGAAAAUCCUCUCUGGCAACCUGCCCAAAACCACAACCAGCAGUGGAGGGCUGACCAUCAGCAGCCUCCUCAAGGAAAAGGAGGGCUCAGAAGUAGCCAAGUUCACUCUGGAGGAGCUCUGCCUCAUCUGUAGCAUCCUGAGCACGGCAGAGUACUGUCUGGCCACCACCCAGCAGCUAGAAGAAAAACUCAAAGAAAAAGUGGAUGUAAGUCUGAUUGAACGAAUCAAUCUGACUGGAGAGAUGGACACGUUCAGCACCGUCAUCUCCAGCAGUAUUCAGCUGCUGGUUCAGGAUCUGGAUGCUGCCUGUGAUCCUGCCCUGACUGCCAUGAGCAAGAUGCAGUGGCAGAACGUGGAGCACGUUGGUGACCAGAGCCCCUACGUCACCUCUGUCAUUCUGCACAUCAAGCAGAACGUCCCCAUCAUCCGUGACAACUUGGCUUCCACACGCAAGUACUUCACUCAGUUCUGCAUUAAAUUUGCAAACUCCUUCAUUCCCAAGUUCAUCACCCACCUCUUCAAGUGCAAGCCAAUUAGCAUGGUGGGAGCAGAACAGCUGCUGCUGGACACCCACUCGCUGAAGAUGGUCCUGCUCGAUCUCCCCUCCAUUGGCUCGCAGGUGGUGAGGAAGGCACCCGCCAGCUACACCAAGAUCGUCGUCAAAGGCAUGACCCGGGCUGAGAUGAUCCUCAAGGUAGUGAUGGCCCCUCAUGAACCGUUGGUGGUGUUUGUUGACAACUGCAUCAAACUCCUCACAGACUGCAACACAGAAACCUUUCAGAAGAUACUGGACAUGAAGGGGCUGAAGAGGAGUGAGCAGAGCAGCAUGCUGGAACUCCUGCGCCAGCGGCUCCCCGCACCGCCCUCGGGGACGGAAAGCUCUGGCUCACUGUCCCUGAUGGCACCAACACCAGAGCAAGAGUCGUCACGCAUCCGCAAGCUGGAGAAACUCAUUAAAAAGCGACUGUAGCAGCA